AUGAUCUUUAGAAAUUUGAAAAAUCCAUUACUUUCUAAAACUUUUAGGUCUCAAAUACCCAGUUUUGGAGUUUUGAAUCAUGAAAAGUUUCAAAAGAAAGUUGAGGGAAAAGGCAAAGUUACCAAAUUUCUUUAUGAAUUUUGGGAGAUCCUUUAUUAAGGCACUUGGGAUUAAUGUGUGGAUGCUAAAUUGAUGUGUAAGUACACUAUCACACAAAAGAAAACGGCUUUUAUGCUGUCUGAAAUUACGAGAAUUAGAAAAGACUUAAUAAAAUUCGUUCCUUUCUCCUUCUUUCUCGUAGUCCCAGGAGCAGAGUUGCUGUUACCACCUUAUCUGUACUUGUUUCCCAAUGCAUUUCCUACUACUUAUUUAUUUGAUGAUCAGCUGGCGAAGAGAUAUAUUACAAGAGACCGAAAACAAAUGAAUUCAUAUAGAUAUCUGUUUCAAUUGAUGAAACAACGCAUUCCUUCAAUUGAAAAUAUAAGAAACAAUCAAGAUUACAAUGCGAAGGGUUUAUAGGAACUUGUUUUAAAGCACUCUCAUCUCUUCAUGACUAAGUUGGAUUACAGAGAAUUUAAUUCAGAACAAUUGGUGCACGUAUAUAAAUUUAUGAGAGUUUAGUUAAGCAAAUUUUUAGGAAUGGAGUUUUUUAGAGGAACCUACACCAUUAUGAAACUCACUAAACUUUUUGUUAAUCUCCCAGUCUAUUUCACUAAUCUCUUCUAUUGGUUGACUAGAAACCCAGAAAGAAGACCUUUAAAGAGUGUUUUAAAAAAUUGGAAUUCCCUCCUCCCUUUUCCAAUUGAAGAUUUAAAAAAGGCAUUGCUUUUAAUGUAAAUCAAAUCUCAUCUCAAAAAAAUGGAAAGACAAGACAAAGCAUUUAGAUUAAAUGGAUUUGGGGAUAAUAAUUUUGACAGUAUUAGGCAAUUUGCAAGGGAAAGAGGAAUUCCAGCAUUAGUAAUGUAGAAAGAGAAUCCUGAAUAACAUUUUGAAUACUCAAAAAAGCAAUUUAAAAGAGACUACAUAGAUUUCAUAUAUAAAGAAUAAGUUUUUGAAAAUCUCAAAAUUUGGUAUGCUGUUCUCUACUAUGAGAGAUAUCAUAAUAGAAUUGUUGAAGAAUAUGAAGAAAGAGUUAGAAAACAUUUACUACAUUGA